AUGUUUGUGCCGCGAGCACUAAGGCUCAAGGGCGUUCGCGAGAAGCCGCGGCCGAACACGUCUAACCCGCCAGCGAACAAUGCUCAGUCCGACCAUGAAGAAGCGCUGGUUGAGGCUAUGCAGAAAACAAGUACAAACUCUCCUACUUACCAGCCAGAAGAACAGAUUGAACCUAAACCUAUCAAAUCUGGUCCUAGGUUCACUACCAGACCCGUCACAGCAGAAUACAUUGCUCAACUUGCUGCUGGCAUCGAGCUCAUCUUCACCGACUAUGCGCACCACGAAGAGGAGCGAGCAAAGUGGCUUCAAGAUCGCUAUCGGACAGUAGAUGGCGAGGGAAAGUAUAUCCAUCUUACCGCGAUACUCGAGCACCCCAACAUUUCUUCGCUAAAGCCCGAAGCUUCUCAGAUUCUCCUCAAGCAAGCGCUCCGGGAUUAUCCCUCCAAAAUACUCGAGGUCUCAAGCAAUGGAUACCAUGUCCGCCGCAAGCCCUCUUCGUACCCUCCCAAGUACCUACCACACAACUCGUUCGACGUAGUCGACGAUGAUGGUCUGGCAUUCUGGGACCAGCGCACCAUCUAUGUUGAACCGCACAUGCGCAACUUGUGCCAAACUCCUGCAAGAGUGGCUCAAUGGCUCGCAGAGCAUGGGCAGUUGCGGCCAAAGUGGCUGCCUGUACAAGCGGUGCAUACCCUGUGGAAUGGUUGCGCUUUUGUUGUUCUCAGCGGGAGUGUUAUGCAUGAGGAUGUCUGGCAGAAGUGGAGAGAUGCAGACAAGCCAGAGAACUGGAAAAUCAUGACAAAAGUCGAGCACACCAAACGCACAGCAGAAUAUGUCGCGCUGCUUGAAAAGCAGAACCCAAGGGGAAUGCGCAAGACGAAAAUCAAAGAUAGUGAGCUCCCGCCAAUUGCCCGACCAGCCGUGCUCCCAUUGGCGACCAAGAUAGCCCCGGAAGACCCGGGCAAUGGUGGUCAGCAAGGGAAGAAGAAGCGGAAGAGGCGAAAGCCAAACAAGUCUGUUCAUAACAAGGACGAUAUAGACGCCCCUGAAGAUGCUGCUGAAGAUGCGGUCAGUCUACCAAGCACUAAGCGUAGAGGCUGAAGCAAUGGCCCCAACAUUACUUACACGGAGUACCACGCGGAUGCACAAAAGUGUCGCACCAUGAAGAGCCCGGACAUACGCACUCGGCUUGUACAGCCAAUGCUGGCCUUGACGAGUUCAUACUGAAGAUAAAUAAUCUGAUAUGGCGACCUUAAUAGCCAUUUGCCGAAACCAACUAGAAUGAGUCGAGUCGUCAACCAUGUCAGCGACAUGAUUCAACCGAGGAUCAGUAAAGUUGCGAGAGGGGCGGCCCUGGGCAUUGUCGUUCAUUUCGCCAUAGC